AACCAACGAAAGAAUUUGUUUUAGUAUGCCACAAAUACAUCAUGGUCAUUGUCGACCUUCCACGAGCUUUGGAUCACUCCAUCAGAGACACUAGAAGGGACAUGGUUGCACCUGCAAGGCCUCACUUCGUUCUCUUCGGCUCCUCCAUUGUUCAGCUUAGUUUCAGCCACGGCGGUUGGGGUUCUCAUCUUUCUGACGUCUACUCUCGCAAGGCAGACAUAUUGUUGCGAGGAUACUAUGGAUGGAACUCAAGACGCGCCCUCCAAGUCCUCAACCAAGUUUUCCCAAAGGAUGCUGCAACACAGCCUUCUCUUGUGAUAGUUUAUUUUGGCGGUAAUGAUUCCAUGGGUCCUCAUUCGUCUGGCCUAGGCCCUCAUGUGCCUCUUGAUGAAUAUGUUGAAAACAUGAGAAAGAUUCUGAUUCAUAUUCAGGGUCUCUCUGAAAGGACACGUAUCAUUGUUCUCAGUUGUCCUCCUGUCAAUGAGGAAAUAGUGCGUGGAAACACUAGUACAAUUUUUAGUGAGCUGGUAAGAACAAAUGAAUUGUGCCAAAGCUACUCAGAAGCUUGUAUUAAGCUGUGCAAGGAACUGGAUAUCAAAGUCGUUGAUCUUUUUACUGCACUACAGAAGAGAGAUGACUGGAUGAAUGUUUGUUUCACUGAUGGUAUCCAUUUAGCAGCUGAGGGAAGCAAAAUUGUGGUGCAGGAGAUACUGAGAGUGCUUAAGGAGGCUGAUUGGGAGCCAUGCCUCCACUGGAAAUCCAUGCCCACUGAAUUUUCAGAAGACUCACCAUAUGAUCUUGUUGCUGCUGAUGGGAAAACUACAUUGAAUCCCUCAGAGUGGACCUUUUACAGAGAGAUUCAGUGGGAUUAAGUUGUUAAGUAAUCAACGUUAACCCUUUCUGGAUCCCACAGGAUUUAAUACUUUCAGAUAUUAUUUACGUUUUGCUUAGACAUGUUGAUUGGUUAUAAGGUGGUAGCAUUCCCCUUUAUUUUAGAUAGUCUUUGUCAUUCAUCGAGAUUGUUAUUUUAUGAUUCAACUCAUAAUUAACUGAAUAGAAUAAUUCCAUUCUUCCAUAGAUAUCUUCAAGUUUCAUUUGUUUGAUAGAAUGGUAUCCAACUCCUAAGAUUAUUUGUGUGGGUUUCAAACUAGGGAUUUUAUUUUUCAUUAGUAUGAAAUGUAUAAUGAAUGAGACAUAAUUCAUAAUGUAUGUGUUGGCUUCAAAGAUUA